AUGGGCAAACACUGGCCAAGCUCGACGGCCGAGACUGCCGGUCCUAGGGUCCGGGCUCGUUUGGCGAUACGCUCUGUUGCGGUGCCGCGGCAAACCCAUGUCAGAUGGACGUCCAUUCUUUCGAGCAAUAACUUCAGUCUUCGGUCAGUAGGGCGCUACCUUGAGCUAUGGCUUCAACCGCUGCGGACUACACUUCCCAAGCACCCUACGGCCCCAAUUCGUCCACUCAGCAGAAAGUCGCUAUCCCACGCUUACAAAGAAUCGAGACUGCACAGAACGGCCCUCAGGAUAGACGUCGAGUGCCUCGGGCGUGUACUGGAUGUUACCCAGCAUUGCCAGCAGUUGGCUGGCCUUUUGAGGGAGAUACGGGACCGUGCAAGUGUUGAAGAGAGCAACCGCAUCAACGAUCUCCUGGAAGAGAUUGGCGAAGACCUGUCGGAGCCCAGACUUACCCCGACACCAUCCAACUCUGACGUGGACGCUCAGAGCGCCCAAGGAGUCGUCGAGUUGGACAGCAUCGACUAUCUAGAGCAUCUUGAAACCGAGGCUCUCGACUUGUUGGAUGAGGACUUGCACACCAAAGACGAGGCUCGCUCGACAGGCUUCGUUGGCAAGAGCUCAGAAGUACAAUGGCUGCGUGCAGUGGCACUCGCCCAAGCCGAAAGAGCCGAUGGGACGUGGGAUAGUUCGGGCCCGUCACGACGCGGUUCCUACGCUCGAUCUAGUGAGCCCAUCAGUUCCUUCAGUUUUUGGGCCAACUCGGACGAUGUCAACGUAAACUUUUACGUGGACCCACACGAACUGCCUCAGGCCGACCUUGCUGAGCACCUGGUCCAGUGCUACAUGCUCAAGGUGCAUGAUUCUUUUCCCAUCCUUCCGAGGAAGGAGUUUACCGACCAGACGCGUGUCUAUUUUGCUUCUUUGCGGAACGGAAACGCACCACGCCUCAACCCAAAGUGGCAGAUCAUCUUGAAUCUCGUCUUUGCCAUUGGCGCCAACUACGUGCAUCUCAACGAGGGCUGGUCAGCCGAUGGUCAUGCUACGUACCAAGCGCGGGCGCGUGCUUUUGGCUUGAGCGAAGCGGCCGUGGCUUGCCAUCCUGAUGUGCCACAGAUCCAAAGCUUGGGGCUCCUCGGCUUCUACUGGCUGAGUAUUGGACAAGUCAAUCGUGCUUGGUCCAUUGUGGGUAUUGCCCUUCGGUCGGCCUACGCCCUCGGGCUCCAUGUACGGAACGAAGACCCUUCUGCCAAUUCAACCAAACGGGAAUCCCUGGUGCAGAUAUGGUGGAGCCUGUACUCACUGGAGAGAACGCUGAGCAUCAUAACUGGGCGGCCCAGCAUCGUCGUCGACUCGUACUGUUCCGUGCCACUGCCCAUGACGAAUCCCGAACAACGCAUGCCAGAGGAAACCACGGCAGCCUUUGCAAAUGUGGGGAAAGCCACAGGGUCGCACUCAGCAGCCUUUCCCGUCUCGUCCAACGUUACCACCAAUUCUCCUCUUACGCCAAUGGGCUUUGGAACAAUCAAGAUCAACCAGGGGUCGUACUUUAGGGCUGUUGUUCAAUUGUCGAUCAUAACGCAGAAUAUCCUUACAUCGCUCUACUCGGCGGGCACGAUGAUCCGGUCUCCGAGUGACGUCCAACAGGACACGACGCUGUUGAGCCAGCGGCUAGAGCAGUGGGUUUCUUCGCUGCCCCUGAAGCUCCGACCGUACGGAGAUGGACGAGAGGCCGGCGAGGCCUUUUCGCGUGAGCGCAUGCUCUUGAAGUUCCAGUUUUGCAGCGCGCGCAUCUUGCUCACACGACCCUGUUUGGCUGCCCGACGCCAACCGUGGAAGGAGCCCCAUGACGCGAGCUUCUCGAGAAACAUGGCCGACGCAUGCAUCGAGGCGGCCAAGGGAAUUGUUGCGUCUUUGCCGGAUGACUUUAGCAGCCGAAUUCACCAGGAUUUGCCGUGGUGGUGCCUCGUCCACCACAUGAUGCAGGCCAUCUCCGUCUUCCUACUCGGCCUUUCGUACCCUAUGUCGACGUCGUGUGAUGCUGCGACCAUGAUUCAGCAUGUGAAGAAGACGAUAGGGUGGCUGCAGAGGAUGCAGGGACCGGUGGCUGCGCGUGCCCAUCGCAUAGCGCUCAAGUGCUUCGAGGGGUUGGCUAGGCAGUAUGCCGUGGACGUGUCGGAGCUCUGGGAGCGCAAGGAGACGCAAGCGGUACGGACCUCGGACGCUGACCAUGGCCUGAGCAUUCCUGUUGCUCAGCCAUCCAUGGCCAUUUCAGAGGCCUCGACCUACGGGACGUACAGCGCCACGGCAGGCGCCACGCAUCAUCCGCACUCGGAAGUGCCAGGGUUCCACAAGGAUUACUUCAUGCCCGAAUGAAGAGGAGGAGCUUGCGGUAGGGGGCAUCGGCCGUCUAGUCAAGAAUCCACUCGUCCUCGAGGCAGGAGGCGGAGGCAGGAGGCGGAGGCAGGAGGCAGGAGGCAGGAGGGCGAAUGCGACGCACGGCGUAGGCGUUUGUAGUCGCUGGAGAGGGGGAUGUGUGUGGACUUGUGCCGGGCAGGAGGGCGUAUAGAGGGGACAUGCGGAGGCGGAUGAGGUGAAGUGUACGCCAGACGUGCCUUCCCAAACGCUCCAGACGGGUGGUCUUGACGUCAUACGUGUAGAGGCAAGGGCCGUGUGUGCAGGGAAACCGGGGGCAGCCAUCAGCAGAAAUAUACAGAAUAUUCACGGUACCUUUGGGUCGGACAUGGUGCGUGUUGGAGGGGAGGGGAGAAGGAGGGGGG